AUGCAGGAUCAUGCAAAACAUCAUUGGGGGGUCAUCAGCCUGACGCCGAUGAGCACGCGGACUUCGUCAGGAUCUUCAAAGUGCUUCAUCGACGAAUUUCCCGACGUCACGGAGAUCUUCUUCAUAAGACCCAGCUACGAAUGGGAGACGGCCGCCACCACCCCUGCCCAGAAGAACGCGGUGAAAAACGCCGCCUGGGAGUCUUUCUAG